AUGUCUUUCAAUUCUCACAGCGAUGGCAAAGCCAUCAAACGUAAGACUGGCCUGCUUGGUAGUAUUCGCGAUAAGUUAGGUCGUUCAAAGAGUUCCGCUUCGAAAAGUUCAUCGUCCUUUUCAAGGGGAAUUCUGGAGGAUGCUGAUGCUGCUCCACCGGCAUAUACUUCCUACAACGACACUAAAAAGGCUCCCGCGUCCCAUGAUAAUGGUGCUACGGCAAAUAAUACCGCUUCUACUUCGAGGAUCUAUUCCCCUACACACGAAGGCUAUAAUAUUACACCCGAUUACUACUCUCCUACACCACAGAACUAUUCUCCUGCAACCCAGAGUUAUUCUGCUACACCCCAGAACUAUACUCCUACAUCCCACAGUAAUACUUUUGCAUCACAACAAACUUCUACAGUUCCCCAAACUACCCAAUCCACUCCACAACAUGACCUUGACAGUUCACCAUAUGCUCUUCUUUCCACAUUCGACACAGUCCUUCUAAUCGAUGAUUCUUCCAGCAUGAAAGGGGGUUCUGAGCCUACACCUUGGAAACAAGUCUUCUCCGCUCUUCAAACCAUAGCACCAAUCAUUACUUCCUACGAUGAUGAUGGUAUCGACGUUUACUUCAUGAACCACAUGAGUGCCCACAAGGGUAAACCAAGCGAAGGCGUUGCACCCACUGGUUACUACAACAUUCAAAAUGCAGCUUCAGUUGAAGAAGUAUGGACAAUGGUAAAUAGUCCAUGCGGCAUAACCCCCACCGGCAACCGCAUCAAAGAUAUCCUCUCUCCUUACAUGAAGCGACUGAAGAAGGAACUUGGAGCGGGUCGAAACGUCAAACCAUUAAUCCUGAUUGUCAUAACCGAUGGAGACCCAUCCGACGAUCCUGAGUCAGAAAUCGUUAAAGUCGCUAAACAACUCGACGCACUUGACGCACCACUUACCCAAGUAGGAAUCCAAUUCUUUCAAGUAGGAAGUGUGCCCCAGGCAAAACAGGCAUUGGAGGAUCUUGAUGAUGCUUUGGAACAUAAAUACAAGAUUAGAGAUAUGGUAGAUACCGUUACAUGGAAUGGACGUAAUAGCGAAGCAGGAUUAUCUGGAGAAGGAAUCGUCAAGGCUGUACUUGGUUCGGUCAUUAAGAGACUUGAUAGCAAGCCUGCCAGUGGAGAAUAUAAGAGGAAUUAA